AUGCUGGAAUGCGACUCAGUCAAAUCCUCCACUCCCAACACCAACUCUUCUCCUCUUCCCUCCCCUUCCCAUUCCAAAGGGAAAUCCACGGAUGUAGAAGAUGCAGAAGAAUCGGAAGAAGAAGAUGAAGACACUUCCGCCACAAGCCCUAACGUGUCCACCGAGUUCCUCCGGGCCUUGCAGGCACACUCCUACAACGAGAUCCGCUCCAUGAUCCAGGCCCCUCCGCAGGUCCACCUCCUCCACGACGAGGACUCACACCACCGCCACGUCCUCUCCCAGGUCCUCCAACCUGACUCCCACAGCGUUCGCGAAGCCCUUGCCAAGUCAAAGCCUAGCAGCAACCUCACGCGCCUCGUCUCCACUUACUUUGACCACAGCGAAACCACCUCCGACUUCUGCCUCCGCCUCCUUCUCACCAGCCUCCGCGUGCGGGAACUCUACGAGCCGCUCUCCCAUCUCCUCGCCGUCCUUCCCGCUGACGCUCCGCCACUCUCCCAGCCUCAGUGCGACCGCGCCUACGACCUCUUUCUCCAAUUCGACAGCCAGGACAAUCCCUUCGCGCUCUCCCGCCUCCACCAGCUCCGCGAUAGCUUCUCUCACCUUAAGCGCGACAUCCAGCGUGACCUCCGCAAGUGCCACUCGCGAAUCCGCAUGUUCCGCCACGCCACCGCCGGGUGCGUCGUCAUUUCCAUCGUCGCUGCCGUUGCCUCCAUCGCCGCCAUCGUUGUCGUCGCCGCGCAUGCCGCGGUAGGGUUCACUGCUGUCGCUGCGGCGCCGUUUUGUGUUCCCCGGCAGAAGAGGAGGGAGCUUGCGAGGUUGAAGCAGCUUGAGGCUGCGGAGAAUGGAAUUCUUGUGGUGAAUGACAUUAAUACCAUUGAUAGUCUCGUUGAUCGGCUUCAAACCGCGGUGGAAGCUGAUAAGGCUUACGUCCGGUUUGCGUUGGAUAGGGGAAGGGAGAGGCAUCCCAUUCAAGAGGUGCUUAAACAGCUUAGAAAGAACCAACCUGUUUUGGAGCAUUUGCUUGGGGAUCUUGAGCAACAUAUAUACUUCUGCUUUUACAGUAUUAAUAAGGCCAGAUAUGCGCUUCUCAAGGAGAUAUGUCGUCAGCAAACUCUAUAG